GAAGUUUCGAACUUAUAUCCCUCUAGAAUAUCGGAAGCUUUAAUAACGGUGUCCCAUGUCGUCUUAGUAUCCACUGAUGUCCAUUUCGACCUUGUCAUUUAAAUCUCUUUUCAGCAUGGUCAUAUCCUUUGUUGGGCAGAUCUCGACGAUCGACUACAGCCUAUCGUAGAAUUGAUCUUUAACGUCUUCGCUGUAGACGUUGGUUGGCGCUUGGCAUCGGACGAUGUUCAGUGUAAUGCCCUUUCUCUUUGUUUUCAAGGAGGAUUUGACGAUCCUUUAUCUAUGAGAUUCCCAUCCUAUGAGUGCAUUUUGUGCUUGUUUGAACAGCAUCAAUGCAACUCCUUGUGUAUGUGAUGCAUCUUCUUCCUCAUGUCCGGGGUAUAAAAAAUGCUCUCCUGAAGCUUGUUUUUGUUGUCCAACCGGCGUCCAAUAUGUUUCACUGAUCCCGAAUACCCUCAGGUUGAAUGUCCUCAUUUCUGCUGCAGUUUAGAAAACUCUCCCGAAUUUUUCGCACGUUCCAUGUACCUAUAAAAUUUGUUGUUCUGGUUGAUAGAAGGGGCGUCGGCCUCAUGACUUCGGAAUGAACUCAACUCUCAUCAUAAGGCGUCAUUAUUCUUCGUUCAACUCCCAGGGCAGAGUAUAAAUGGUCUGAAUAAUUUUUUCUGAUUAGUGUGUUUUUGGCGAGUUAGUUUCCACGGGAUGGGGUAGUUAACUCUAUACCCAACCCUCGUAUAUCCGGGAGCGUGUUCGGCAGUAGCCCACGGCGGAGCUAAGUGCAUAGUUUGUAUCUUGAUGGAUGGACUUGGAAUCUGAACUUUGGCUAAUCAUUGGUAUAGACCUGCAGCAACAUUAUACUUUACAAGUAAACUUGUGAUGUUUGCUAAAUGCAUUUGAAAUCACACAAAGAUUGUGAUUAUCUUGGAAUUACAUAUCAGUUUUAAAGUUUUAUAAACCUUUUGAAUAUUUAAACAAUGAAUUAUGGAGCAUCGAACAUAACUAAUAGAAUGAAAAGCUUAGACUGAUCAGAUUAAUUAUGAUAUUUAUAGAGUAAGCAGAAUCAAAUAAUAAAAACCGGUUGUUGAUUUUUUAAAAGGUAUGAUCUUUGUUCUAAUUCUGUGAACAACCUAAUUAUAUUGUCGAAAAAAUUAUUUUUCCUGUUUCGUAACACAGUACAGGGCCUUAGAUACCAUUCCUAAUGAUUUGUAUUAAAACCAAUUAUGCGGUGGUUUAAAUGGAAUGAAUAACUAAAAGAACUGCUGAACAAUCAAAUCCGAGUGAAUUGAUACAUUUUAAUCAUCACUAAAAGAUAAAAAUCCUCAACAUCAUUCAUUAUUCCGUAAUGGAUUUUGUCUCUGAAUAUGUGGACAUGUGAUAUAAAGUGUUUAUAUCAACCACUUAUGAAGUCUGAGAAAUCAUUGAACUAAUCAAUGUUCUCAUACCACUUAAGUGAAUAAUAAAUUAAAAAUGAAUGAGAUGCACAAUCAAACAGUCGAAGACAUAGUGUUGUGUAUGUGAUUCAACUUUUCCGGAAAUUUAUGCUCUCCUGAAGAAGCCAUUGAGUUUGUAAAUUGUAUCACCCAAAUGGAUGGUUGUAAAAUGUCUAUGGAAUGUUUACUUUGUAAUUGUCAAAUAUACAAUUGAAUUAGCUCAUGUAUUAUGUUUGCAUGAAACUUCAAGUUGUGAAUAAACUUGGGAAUUCAAGUUCAUUACGACGAAUACACGUAAACAUUCAUCUUCAGUUCCUCAGUGAUUGGAAUUCUUGUUUACAUUGAAUUUGUUGUUGUAUUUAACAUAGUAACUGAAUGUUUGUGUAUGUUUGGAGGAGUGGUAGUGAUGAUGGUGUUCGAUAAUUCAGUCCUCAAUUAGUUCACAGUGAUAAACAGAAAGUAAACUAAGCUAACGUGUAUAAUGUUUACAUGUAUAUGUUUUGUUUGAAUUGGUUAAUCAUAUGAUACAUGAUGUUAAAUAACCGAGGUCAACAUAAUGGGCAAAACUGAAUGUUGGAAUCCAAUCAUCACACACAAACUCUUAUUUAACCAAUAAUUUUGAGUGAUAACAAGAAAACGUAUAUGAAUAGGUUAAAAUGUAUAUGAAUUUGAAUGUCUUCACAGGUAUUCUAUGUAUGAUAAAAUAGCUUGUAUUUUGGAUAUGGGUUGUGAGUACACACCUCUCAAGUAAUGAAAUCCCAAUCAAUCAGUUUUCCAUGACAUCGUAUGAUCGUCUAAAAUGGGAUCAAUUUGUCAUGAAUUACCCUUAUACAUAUUGAUAAAUGUUAUUUCUCAUAUGAUACAAUGAAUGUAGAUGGAUAUCACGAAAAUGAGGUGGAUUUGAAGAAAGAGACGUACUCUUACCAACCAACCAUAUUCAAAUAAUCAUCACUCUAUUCAGUCUUAAAAAUAGCUAAUAAUAGAAAUAGGUAAUCCCAAUGAAUAUUGUGAUAUUAUUACAACAAUUACAUGUUUUAUGUUGAUUUUAUAUGUAAAUAAUGGAAAUUACAAACUAAUGAGUAGGUGAUACCUUCUUUGAUUCAUUAAAGUAUUUUCGAGUGUUUUAGGUUCGAUGACACCACUUCGUAUUUAAUAGUUCCUUCGAUGCACAAAUUGCAUUGUGAUACCCUCUACUUCUUCUUCAUGAAAAUAUACUAAAUACUAUUGUGAAAAUUUGGGUUAUAAUUGUAGAUAAAGUUAACAUACAUCGAGAAACAUUCAGGUCAUACAACCAAAGUAUAAUCACUACAAGCACUUAGUCAUCAUGUUGUAGCACAGUUCAAACCUCACGUAUUGCAACAUUAUCAUUUAGUCUUCAAACAGCUCAGUAUAUUACAAAUUCCUGGAAACUCAUUUCUUGAAAAAAACAUUUGUGACGUAGCCAAAUUGAACGAUUUUCUAUAAUUAGUCGGACAUAUGACCUUGUGACAAAGGGCUAUCACAGAGUGAAGUUAGGAAUAUAUACAAAAUUGUUUCAACCCAAUUGUUUUUGUGUUGAUAGCACCGUGACAAAACCCCAACACUAUUGGUUAGAUUUUUAAUGGAAUUUUAAUUGCUCAGUUUUGAGGAGUUUUGCUUCAAGACCAAACAUCCUUGUAAUUGCCUCUUUGUUUAUUUAUGUAAUUAACAUGGCCUGAUUGUUCAUAAUUUAACAUUAUUCAUCAAGAAACAAACACCAAAUUAUCGGUUCAUAUACAGUCCUUUUGCUUUUCUUAAUCAUUCUCUCCCUAAUUUCUUGAAUAGUUUAAUCGACUUCUUUUAAAUGUUUAAAUAAAAUGUAAAUGAAGUAGUUUGAGAAGAAAAAACUUUUAUAAUCAAUCAUAAGAUGUUGUGUUCGACUAAAGUAAAUUACCAUCUUCAUAAUCUUCUUUAUCAUCGAAUUGUUGUACAAUCACUUUUUAUUGUUUAAAACAUGAAUUCAACUGGCAAACGAAUUGAAUUGGUUGUGGUUAGACAUUAACACCAUAGGUUCUCAACUCAGUGGUAUAGAGUUGAAGCGUUCGUGUUUGAAACAGCAAUUUCUGGGUAGGAAUCCUUCGAGCAGGAUCAUAAAUGCGCACUUCUGAAGACUGUCUUAAAUGAAUAGUUUGUUGUCUGUCAAUCAAUCGAGUUUACACUUUUUGAUUUUUUAGCUCUUUUUUAUUAUCUAUAAUAUUAGUCAUUGGUCAACCAUUUCAAUCUACCUUAUGAAGUUGAUACUAGAGUUUCCUAUUUAGACAACUGUAAUCGGAGAGUUACCUGUUUCUUGCAGACUCUCUGGUUGGCGUUUUUUCGGCUAGAUAAAUUUGUAUAGGAUGGGGUUGCUGACUCCAUGCUCAACACUUCUCUCUAACUUUGGCUUGAAAUCAAAAGUAAUUCUAGAUGAGCCACAGGUGAAGGUAGUUAGUUCAAACGAAAUAUCCAGUUUUACGAUUAAUUUGCAUUGGUUUAUGGAUUUUUGUGUUGUAACUUUAAAUUGAAAUCCAUACUGGUUGCUCAAGUGGGCAGAUGCAUGAACUCAGUAGUUAUGUAGAACACAAGUUGUGUACUUUAAACAAAAGUUACUCGGUUUCAAUUCUAUAGUGAAUAUCUAUUCUGAGGUCCAGGUGAAUCUAGCUAAUGACGACCAGAAAUGAGUAGUCGGAAUGUUUUCUGGAUUCCACUUCUAUCCAAAUUCUAUCUAUCGUAGAAAUAUAUUAAGUUGUCUAUUGAGGAAAUUCACAUGUCAAUCGAAACUGCAUAAAAUACACAUAGUAAACGUUAAUAACUGAGAAUCACCCAUAAAAGUGAUUACAAUUAAUAGUUCAUCAAACUACUACUGACAUUCAAGAUAAACAGAAACAUAAUAGAAGAUCCACAAACCUUCUCUUAUGUCCAUUAGACUAUUUGUACAAAC